UGCGUGUGUGUGUGUGUGUGUGUGUGUGUGAACCCUGAGAUAGCGGGUGAGGAGGACAUGCCGGUGUGACCUCAGGCUGGAGAGGGAGCAGGCACAGAGCUCAGCCCUCGAGGCCACUGGUGCUUCCUGUGGGCUGAGAGGGAGGAGGCCGGAGCAGAGAGGAGCGGUGCUGAGACUUAUGGGAAAAUGUCCACAUUCGAGUUAACUUGGGAAAUGACCUUCCUUCAGAGGGUGGGGCUUGUGCCCACUCACUCUGGUCUGGGAGUCCCUGGCGAUGUCCUCAGGGCUCCAGCCUGUCUCCAUGCAGGCCCCCACUCCUGGAAGCUGGGUCCAGGUCCAGAUGCUGCUGCUGGUCAGCAAAGGCAGCUGUCGGCUGCAAGCCUGCUUUGUCCGAGUGCAGGGACCAGAGGUCUCGCCACGCUCCUGCUUUGCUGCUUCUCCUGUCCGGCGUGGGCUCCUGUCUGUCACUGCUGGAGGAGGGGCCAUGACCUGUCCUCUCAUGUGACACGUUGCACUGACUGCCCAAAUCCAGCUAUUGCCUCAGUGUUCAGACCCAGCAGUGGAAGCCAGAGAGCAUCUGCCGCAGGAAAAGCAGCUGCUGGGGAGUCUGAUUCCACCGCAUGGAUCCUGCGUUUUCCAAAUGCCCGCGGCCGGGAGCAGAUGAACUGCAGGGGAAUAACGGCGUCUCCCAAGGCGGUGCGGCGGCCUGCUGGGCGGCGGGCGGACCGGAGACCAUCCCUCACAAGCAGGGGCCUGACCGCUGCCCGGCAGGUGGAGCGGCAGCGUGCUUUCCUUGGAAGCCGCCAGCUAACGGGCCGCUGCUCAGAGCCCGCGCCAGAGAUUACAUUUGGUAGAAGACAGGUCUGGGCUGCCCUUCCUGGCCAGAUGGCUCUGAGCUCUGAGGACCAUCUGAGGACACCAAAGGCACCCUAAGUUCCAGGAAGGACAGACUGGGGAGUGGGAGAAAGACAGCAGGCGGUCCAGAGAGGCGUCCACAAGAGGCGAGCGCCUUUUCCAGGCCGAGCGCAUCGGCACUGUCCAGGCCUGCCCCAAGCGCCCGGCCGCAGGCGUGGGGCCCGAGGUGGGACAGGAGGUCCAUCUGGCAGAGGCCUCACAUUCCAGAGGCCCUCACAUACGCGAGUCAUUACGUCAGCUUCAAACAGUCACAGUCACGCAAGCGACGGGCCCCGGCAAGCCUUCCACCUGGCUCCCGUGCCCAGCCCACCCACCUGUAAUGCCUGGUAUUGCUGUAGGUCCUGUAAUUGCCUUGUGACUAGCAAGAUUAUGUUGCAUCGAGGGUGUUUUGGUGUCAAAACCAUUAAACACAGCAGGCCAGUUACCAGCAGUUA